AUCUAUUUCAUCUGAAUUUAAGUAACGAAAGAAAGUAGUAUCAAAAAAAGAAUUUCUGCAUUGUAAGCUAAGUAAAAUGUGUGAAAUUAGAAAUUAAAAUAAUUUUUUCAACUAGUGCCACUGCUUUCUAUUGUUGUUUAAAACGCGGCAAUGUGCAUUCAACCUAUCUUCAAAAGCAUCGAAAAUACAUAUAAUAAACAUAAAACUUCAGCCAAAUUGUUGGCUCUGAACAGUAUUUAAUACUCAAAAUAAGGCGAUGGAAACAGAUGUAAAGGCGUCUGUCAUUCAAAAAGAGAAAGAAUGGUUUGAAAAGAAUGUUUUACCGGGUUUUUGGGAAUCUGUGAUAAAUGAAGUAAAAGAGGCACUGGAAUUAGUUGAAAGAGAUACCCCUACAGUACUUGUAUUCUCUUCCCAAAAAACUGAUGCCGUAAAAGGAAUUGUUUCAAGGAAGGGAGCUUUGAUCGACCGUAUCAAUCUCACGAUAAAAGUAGGAAGGUCGACCCAAAUGAUCAAGUUGGAAGAACCUAAAACGCUAAAAUUGGAGCAAAUUUUAAGUCUUGUAAACUACUUGCAUUACUUGUUAUAUGUCUUACUUCGAAUAAAAAAAAACUCUGCCCGUGCUAUACAGCAACUUGAGGAAAUAUUGCGAGCCAUUGCCUAUUUAUUAAAUACAGAAGAAGAAAAUAAUGGUUCAUGUGCUACUAACCUGGUAUCUCAAGGUAAUAAUAUAUCCUUACAAGCACCUUUUUCCCAGUCAUUACAGUCAGCUUCAGGUGGUUCGGAUCUAUCCAACUCUCAAUCUCCUUUAUAUGUAUACAAGAAAGCUGCAAGCGAUUUGUUUACACCACCUUUACCGUCCAACCUGGGUCUAAGUUUUAGUGUAUCAAAAUCAUCGGUAUGCCUACACUUGUUUCGGUUGCUUGGAACAAAUCCAAUACUUGAUUCUUUCAAAUUUGGAAGUAAUGAAACAAAUAAUACAUUGCAUCCUUCACAACGAAUAGAUGCAUUUUCUCAAGAUCCUAUUUUGCUUGCUGUAACUGCAAAACUUUCUGCUUUGCAAAAGAGGGUAAAUGAUAUUUCCUAUAGAUUAAAAAUUGUCAGCACUUCGUUUGAAUUUGGCGGGAUCCCAUGAUUGCCAUUGAAAUAGUAGCAAUCUUGCAUUUAUGAACCAAGACUUUAUGAUUGUUUCUCUCAAUUCCCUGUCUCUACUGAAUACCGCAUUUAACUGUUCACUAUGAUUAUCUCUAAUGGUGAAUACAUCAGCUAUUUCCACA